CCUGCUCUUUCUUCCGUGCCUUCACUCCUCGCAUUCACUGGACGAAGUACCAUUUUCAGGGUUUAGGUUCUUUUUAGGGCUUUUACUCCUCCUCUUCUUCUUCUUUUAAGUCCCACAUUCAGUAUAAAAUCCUUUCCUUUUGGAUGAAGGUUCGAGGUUUUACUUGGAAAGCCGCCAGCUUUAGCUAUCAAAGAUCGAAACUUUGCUCAAAAGAUCAAACCUUUUCUCCUUUUUUUGUUUUUGUUUUUUAUUUUUUUUAAAAUUCUUUUUCUUUGAAAGCAGACGCUGGGUCUCUCAAAGUUUAGAUUUUUAAGUCUUUUCUCAGAACAAGCUCUCACUUUUAAUAGUCCCUCAUUCAAAAAUGUGUGGAUUGUGGUACUGGGGGGCUUAGUUUUUUUCUUUUUCUUCUUCUUUUAUUAACCUCUCCCUCUUAUCUUCAGCAUAUUUGGAGAUGAACCUCUUAAGAAAUGUGAUCGUUCUCUUAUUAUUUUUAAUCCCAAUCUCCUCCCAACUCCCUUCCUCUGAUGUUUUAGCCCUCCUCUCCUUCAAGAAGGGCAUAACCCAGGACCCCACUGGCUACGUUGUCGAUUCUUGGGACGAAGAAUCCGUGGAUUCCAACGUCCCUUCUUCUUGGAACGGCAUUGUCUGCAGUGAUGGCAAUGUCGCCGCCGUGGUCCUCGACAACCAUGGGAUCAGCGGCGCCGUCGACGUCUCGGUCCUUUCUAAUCUUACAGCGCUGUCUAAAAUCUCAAUGCAGAAUAAUUAUUUCACGGGAAUGUUGCGUGAUGAGGUUGGUGGGUUUCAGAGCUUGGAGUUCCUUGAUCUUUCGAAUAAUCAGUUCUCUGGAAGGAUUCCUCGCGGUAUUGGGGGCCUCGGGAGCCUUCUGAAUCUGUCGUUCUCGGGGAAUAAUUUUUCUGGGACGAUACCCGAUUCGAUUGGCGGGCUUGCUUCGAUUCAGUCUCUUGAUUUGAGCAGGAAUUCGCUGUCGGGUUCUUUGCCUUCGGCAUUGAAGAGUUUGAAGAGCUUGGUUUCUUUGAAUCUGUCUUUCAAUGCGUUUUCGAAGCAGAUCCCAGCCGGGCUUGAAGGUAUUUCAAGUCUCGAGGUUCUUGAUCUAAGUUGGAAUAAAUUGGAUGGGGGGAUUGCUUGGAGUUUGCUUGUGGAGUCUAAAGCUGUUCAUAUCGAUUUGAGUGGGAAUUUGUUGAGGUCUUCGGAUCCAAAUGAGUUGGAGUUUCUGGCUGAAGUAUCUGAGACCGUGAAGUAUUUGAAUCUUAGCAACAAUCAGUUGACUGGUUCGUUGAUUGAUGGAGGUGAAAUGUCUACUUUUGGGAGCUUGAAGGUGUUGGAUUUGAGCUAUAAUCAGCUUGCGGGGCCUUUGCCAGGGUUUGAUUACGUGUAUGAUCUUGAAGUUUUGAGGCUUGGGAAUAAUAGGUUCGACGGAUUUUUGCCAAAUGGCCUUCUGAAAGGGGAUUCUUUGGUCCUAAGUGAAUUGGACCUGAGUGCAAACAAUCUCUCUGGACAUAUAGGUUUGAUCACAUCUACAACUCUGCAAGUCCUAAAUCUCUCUUCAAAUGCAAUUUCUGGUGAUCCUCCAAUGCUUAUAGGGAGCUGUAGGGUGUUGGACCUAUCAAAAAACCAACUUUCUGGAAAUCUCUCCGUUAUUUCAAAAUGGGGAGAUAACCUCGAAUACAUUAACCUUAGUCAAAAUCAAUUGACAGGAUCAAUGCCGGAUGAAGCAUCACAAUUUUUGCGUCUUAAUUAUCUUAACCUCUCCCACAAUGCUCUAUCAAACUCUCUCCCCAAAGUUCUUAUGCAAUAUCCAAAGUUAACCAUCCUUGAUCUUAGUUCAAACAAAUUUGGUGGCCCUAUACUAACCGACUUGCUCACAUCCUCCACAAUACAAGAACUUCAUCUUGGGAACAAUUCGCUCUUGGGAAGUAUUAUGUUCUCUCUGUCAUCAUCCAAAAAUUCCGACCUUCAACUUCUCGAUAUCUCCAAAAAUCACUUCAAUGGAACUUUUCCUAAGGAUCUUGUGUCCUUAACUCGUCUCCAAGCACUCUAUAUUUCAGCAAAUAAUUUCUCCGGUCCAUUGCCAUCAUCCAUUGGGAAUCUCAUCCUUCUCACUUCUCUUGAUAUAUCCCUCAACCAGUUCACUGGUCCGCUACCCACGACGCUACCUAACACUCUAUUAUUUUUCAAUGCAUCUUACAAUGAUCUAUCAGGAUCAAUUCCAGCAAAUCUUCAGAAAUUCCCAGAUUCCUCUUUCCAUCCAGGAAAUUCUAGGUUAGAAUCCCCAACUGGUCCUUCUGGUACUGGUAUUUCUCCAUCCAGGAUACGACACAAACAUUUAAAGACUUCUAUCAAGAUAGCAAUUGUAGGAGCAUGCGUUGCUGUUGUUGUGAUACUAAUCCUCUUGGCCAUUUUUGCCCACUGCAAGAAAAUCUCAAGAGGGUCUCAUUCAGACAAAGUCACCGAUAAAACCCUAGAAAGAAGGACACUUCAGGGGACUGCUACUUCAAGGCCACUAGUGUUAUCAGCUGAAGACUUACAGGCUGCUCCUCGUAAAGGCUAUUCACCAUCAAAGACCAGUGGUUUGUCAUGGUCACCGGGCUCUGGGGAGAGUUACCCACAGGAAACCAUAGGGAGAUUAGAUGUUAGGUCCCCAGAUCGACUAGCAGGAGAAUUGUAUUUCUUGGACGAGACAAUUACGUUAACACCUGAGGAAUUAUCCCGGGCCCCAGCUGAGGUUUUAGGGAGGAGCAUCCACGGGACCUCUUAUAGGGCUAUUCUCGAUAAUGGGGUUUUCUUGACGGUGAAGUGGUUAAGAGUGGGAGUAGCGAAGCCGAAGAAGGAGUUUGCAAAGGAGGCAAAGAAAUUUGCGAAUAUUAGGCAUCCGAAUGUUGUGGGGUUGAGAGGGUAUUAUUGGGGACCGUCACAGCAUGAGAAGCUGAUUUUGUCUGAUUAUAUCUCGCCUGGAAGUCUGGCGAGCUUUCUUUAUGACCGUCCUGGACGGCGAGGCCCACCGCUGACCUGGGCCCAGCGCCUGAAGGUCGCUGUCGACGUGGCCCGAGGCCUCAACUACCUUCACCUCGACCGCUCUGUUCCCCAUGGCAACCUCAAGGCGACCAACGUCCUACUCGACGGCCUCGAUCUCAAUGCCCGCGUGGCCGACUACUCCCUCCACCGGCCUUCAUUGACCGCCACUCCGACACUGCCAAACUAUCUCGAGUCCGCCACCCUCGCUACCGCUUUGAGAUGUAUAAGGCCGGCGGUGAGAGGCCCGGGUUUUAGGUCUGUGUAUGAGGAUCUUUCAUCCAUAAAUGAAGGGUUCUGGUGA